CACGCACACACACACCCACGGAGUGAUGUCAGCAUCCAGCGGCUUGCGUUCCUCCGUCUCCUCCGCCUCUCUUUUGGAGGUCAAGACUGAGACUCAUCUCGUCCUCCAAGCUUUCCUCAAUCGGGCCGUUACAGUUCCCACAGAACAGAGGCCUGGUCGAGUCGGAGGGGCUUACCUAGACCACAACAAGUACAGUACCAAGCCACAGCCAAAAGCCAAGGACGGUCUGCAUUCUCCGACUGAAGAUGCCAGUUCAGCUGAUGAGAAGAAGUCGGGAUUGAGAGACUUAAUAAAGCAGUUGCCUCGUCGUUACUCCACACGCGUCUCCACCAAAGACGCCAAAGGCUCACUGGAGAGGGACAUCAAGGACGAUGUCGUCUCCCCCUCCUCUACCUCAGAAGACGAUGACAAAGACAAGAAACAGCAGAAGAAGCAGAAGCAAAAGAAGUUUAGGAAAAAGCUCUCAAAGUUGUUCAGGUUAAAGUUGGAGAAAGCAAAGGAGAAAGAAGCUGAAGACCCUCAUCCUCCAAAGCCAACACCGUUGCCCAUCAAAUUCCAAUCACCAACCGUCGGCUCUCCUUCUCACCCUCCUGAGUUCUAUGAUGACGUCGCAGAGAAGCUGGAGAAGAUUGCCCAGAGGUCCACCAGCGUCAACAACGUGAGGCCCACAGCCCACAUCUCACCAGCUGUCAGUGACAAAGAGGCAGUGAUAGAGCAGCUUGCUCAGGUGCUCUGUAUGGAAGGAGACUCUAUCAACACUAAGAUCCAGUCAGAUCCCUUCCUGCGCUCCAGCUUCACUCGUCUUUCUUAUGCAUCGUUCACUCAGCUUCUGGACACUUUCAGCAGUACUCAGGUUUCUCAGGCCCCUCCCCUGCCACCAUCAGCCAGUCCGACACUGCAACGCAUGGCUGUCACUAUGGAGGUAUCACGGCGGAUAGUGACGGCCACUGGAGCUGUGCGCAUGCAGGGCUUUGCAGAAUGCUACAUGGAGACCUUUGCACCCUGGGUUAAGGGUCAUGGAGGAUGGGAGAACGUCGAGUUGGAAGAGUUUGAUUGAAAUCUAAGAGCUACUGGGUUUUUUUUAUUUUUGUUUUACAUGGUCAGAAGAAUAAGCUACUGGAUGUUGCUAAAUAGCUUAUGCUAUUAAAUCCCCUGUGAGAUUUGGUGGCAUUUUACUCCCUAAAUCAGUUGCUGAGAUAACUGAAAGAGCUACAUGUAGCAGCUGCUAGUUCCCUUGUAUUCGGUGAGCGUUGGUGUCUUUUUUCCAGCAGUUUCUCUAAAAACAGUGGAAAUAUUAGAAAUCCACUCCUGUCCACUUCGAACAUGCAGGUCUUGUGCAGACCAACAUUUUGUUACCAUGGUGACCGUACACCCCAAAGGGCGCGUGCCCAACGAUCAAUGCUGCCGCUCAUUUUAAUAUGAACGUUACCACGGUCAUGUACUGUACGUGGAAGGAAACAUGAAGUAGCCCUGCACACAGGGAUAUGGAAAGUACUGUAUUUAUAUUAGUUUACGUGGAUUCAGCUGAUAAACUACCACUGACUUCUUUUGUAAUGUCACACUAUUUUAUACAAUAAUUGUAUUAAAUUACUGAUAAUAUCUUUUUAAAAA